AUUGAUUCGUUGCCUGGUUCUAUGUUGACCACUUCUCUUCCGUGAAUUGGUCUCUCCUUUCACUCCACAUCUGCCGUUCCGGGCCGGAGCAACCUUAACCUGGCGCCGCCGUCUGCUACGAGGAGCAACCUUAACCUGGCUCCCCCGUCUGCUACGAGGAGCAAGCCCACUGAGAGUUGGACAUGGAACUACCUCUGUUUAGUGCUUGUUUGGGUGCCAUGGGCUCCCUUUCUAUGAAACUAGAUGCAAUCCGGGAUACCAAACUUGAGGAUGGCAUCCGGAAACUCACAACCCGGCUGCUGAAGCUCUCUAAGGCACAAGACCUUCCCCAUAUAGCAAUAAACUGGAUGAAGGAUGUGCGCGAGCUGUCCUAUGAGAUGGAGAACUGUGUCGUCGCCCAAGCAGAUUGGAUCGAGAAGAUGUCCGGAUUCAAGGCUCGUGUGAAGGCGGCUAAUGAACGGUAUGAUAGAUACCUGCUUGAGACUGUCCCCAGCCGUACAUAUAUUUUUCCUGUCGUUGACCACUGGUUUCCAACGGACGGCGGCCGGAAGCCAGAUCCAGUAGUGGGCCUUCAUGCCAAGGGCGGAGCGGUUGAUACACUCUGCCAAUGGCUGGCCGAUGGAGAUAAGCAGCUCAAGGUUGUAUCCAUUGUGGGUGUUGGUGGGAUCGGCAAGACCACGCUUGCCAAACAGCUAUGGCUUGAGAAGAAACUCGGGGACUUCGAUUGCCGGGCUUUUGUGCGGACGGCCAAGAAACCUGACAUGAGGAGGAUCCUCAGGAGCAUACUGGUACAAGUUCGUCCCCACCAACCACCAAACACUAGUGGGGUGCACGACCUCAUUCACGACAUCAACGAGCAUCUACAAAAUAAAAGGUACUUUCUUAUAAUUGAUGACUUAUGGGCUACAUCAGUAUGGGAUGUUGUUAGUGACGCUUUCCCGGAGGGUAAUCAUUGCAGCAGAAUAGUAACGACGACGGAAAUCGAGGAUGUUGCUCGUGCAUGCUGCAGUUAUCCAUCCAAGGACAUAUUUAAGAUGGAACCUCUUAACGUAAGUAACUCAAAAGAACUGUUCACCAAUGGAGUGCUUGGUUCUAGAGAAGAAGAUUAUCGCCAGUUUGAUGAAGCCUCAGAUGAGAUUGUGAGAAGAUGUGCUGGUUUACCACUAGCAAUUAUCAGCGUAGCCAGUGUUCUAGCAAGCCAACGGGAAGCAGAUGCAGUAGAGAACAGGGAACAAACAAGAGGGCGCUGGAAAGGGGUGCAUGAUUUCGUCUAUUCAAUAAUAGAAGCUUCCGUUCAAAGUUAUCGUCACAUCAACCCGGCACAACUGCACAACAAAUCGGCCUCUGGGGAUCGUGUACAGGAUUUUGUAGUCAACAGUCUACCUGCAAAUACAACUUCCGACGAGAUAAUGAAACAAGUACUCAUUUUUGUCUACAGUUGCCUUAGUAGUUGUUUGCAGACAUGUCUAUUGCAUCUCAGUAUGUAUCCGGAGAACUAUAAAGUCUUGAAGGAAGAUAUAACAAAGCAAUGGGUAGUUGAAGGCUUUAUCUGUGCUCCAACAGAUAAUGGCAAAAUGAAAGUUGCCCAGAGCUAUUUCGAUAAGCUUGUCAGUAUGGGUCUGAUACAAGAUAUAGAUGUCGACAAUAGCGAUGGCAUACUGUACUAUGCAGUGCAUCACUUGGUACAUGAUUUUAUUACAUCUAAGUCCAAAGAGGAGAAUUUUGUGAAUGUAAUAGAUUAUUCUCAAAGGACAAUACGACUUGCCAACAAGGUUAGUCACCUGUCCCUCCAAUUCGGCAGUGCAACAUAUGCAACCCCACCAGCAUGUACAACUACAGGACUGUCGCAAGUUCGAUCGCUUGCUUAUACUGGACUGAGUAGCUGUUUGCCUUUAAUCUCAGAGUUUAAGCUUAUUCGAGUCCUGAUCCUCCAUAUUUGGGACGAUCAACCAAGCAUUGAUGUAGACCUCUGGGGUAUAUCUGAAUUGCUUCUGUUGAGAUAUUUGCAGGUCACGUGCAGCGACACCGUACAUCUACCAGAUCAGAUGCAAGGUCUGAAACACUUGGAAACACUUGAAAUAAAUGCAGGAGUAGCAGCUGUUCCAUCGGAUCUUUUCCAUCUUCAGAGCUUGUUGCAUCUUCGUCUCGGAGGUGGAACAGAACUUCCUGAUGUGACUGGGAUCCUCAGAAAUGUCACUGUGCCUAGUGCCGCCAUUUUAUUGGAUGAGUCAAGCAGUCCUCCUAAUUCAGUGAUGGCAAUCGAGCUGCUGCCACCUAUUUGUAUAAUCCCCGAGUGGUUUGGACAGCUUAACAACCUCUGCAUUCUGAAAGUUGUCGUCGGUGAACUGCUAAGGGAUGAUAUCCAUAUCCUGGGAGGAUUGCCAGCCCUCACUGUUCUCACAUUGUUCGUCCAGCGACAAACUACAGAACUAAUCAGCUUCGCACCUGGAGCAUUUUAUGCUCUAGAAUAUUUUGAGUUCAGGUGUGGCGUACUGCUCCUGAUGUUUGAGGAAGGAGCAAUGCCCAAUCUUCAGAGGAUUAAGCUAGGUUUCAAUUCUCACAGAGGAGAACAGUAUGGUCGUUUGCUUGUGGGCAUUGAGCACCUAUCAAACGUCCAGGAGAUUUCUGGAAUAAUUGGUUCAACUGUUGGUGCAGAGGAAUAUGACUUGAAGGCUGCAGAGUCGGCAUUCAAGGACGCCAGUGGCAAACAUCCUAGUAACGUCAGCAUAAAAAGAUCAGGUAUUGUUGUGGAAGAGUAUGGUCCUCUAGAAAUACAUCAUUCAUUCCCAUCGACAUCAAAUGAAAUAUGUGGAAAUCAAAAACAAGAGUCCCAGGAAGAUAUAAAGCAAAACGCUGCUAACAAUUUUCAGUUGAUUGACAGGACCACAAACAAAAAGGGACAUGCAAGUGUGGAGCUAUUGACGCAGAAGACGAUCAGAUUCAAGAUAGCAGACAUUACAUCCAAGCGGUGGAACUCCAGUGCCUUCAAAGUCCUUUCAAAGUUUCAGGGGAUCAAUUCGAUGUCGUUGGACAAGAAGGGGCUGCUAAAGGUGGUGGCGCACCUGGACCCGGAGGUUAUACUACGAGCGUUACGGAAGGCUAAGUUUAAUGCGCAAAUCAUCAGCGUCGGGCCGCACGUCCAGAUGGACAAGCCCAAGGGACGGCAGAUGCCUGAAUCUCUCAACCUCACCACAAGACGGAUCAUCGGUGGCGGAGGUAGCAUGUCAGAUUGCACCCAUCGCAUCGGGUUACAGGCGUCGGAGCAGGCUCGCCACAGCUCGCUCUACCUCACCUUGCUCGGAGCCUCGCUGGAUGUUCCCGACAAGCUAUGGGCCGUCGCUAGGUGGUUAUCCGGUUAUCCGCGCGCUUGGGUGCUGAAUGUUCCGGGCAAGGCGUGGGCCGUUGCCACGUGGUUAUCCGGUUAUCGGCGCGCUCCGGUGCUGGAUGAAGACAAUCAAAUUCAUGGCAGUCCACCUCGCCGCAUUCCGAGCCACUUGGAGCUGGAUUCCGCCAAGGUGGCCGCGGUGAUCGCCGCCCUUCGCCUGGAGAUCGCUGGCGGGGCCCAUUGGACCCCCACCGUCGUGCAGCACCGAGCCAACACGUUCAACUCCGACUCGAGCGGCGACGAUGACGACGAGGAUCCUAGUGAUGGGUACAUGUGCUACCCACCUAUCUCCUUUCUGGAAACAGGGGAUGCCCCUCUCUUCUUAACCGGAUCGACUGACUCCGCUCGACCAGGCGACGGCCUGUACAGGCUGUCCGAUGUACAUGACAACCCAUGGAUCCUCAGGGAAGGCAUAACGACCGUUGCAGGUCCUUGUGAGCUGACCAAUGAAACAACAAUGACUUGGGUCAUGAGGCUCAAAAUUACCACCAAACUUGUUUGUCUAAUUAAGCAACAAUUGCUUGAGCAGAAUCGGGAAUUGUCUGAAGAAUGCUUUGCAAAGGUAGCUGGGCAAUCUUUAGAAAAGAUCUUUGAGGUUGCAUGUUCAUUCAGUGACGCAACAUGGUCUGAUGUCCAUAUUUCACAACAGCUGACUGUUUUCGAAACACUUGUUGAUGUCCUAUUCAAUAUACAAGACCUGCAUUUCAUCAGAUCUGGUGAGGUUGCUGGUAUUAUUAAUAAGAUGGUGAAUGCUUUCAGACGAAUGAUCCAGACGACUUCAGAUGACAUCUAUCGUGGCCGAGAAUCUACCAUUCAUCCAGCAACUUUUAUUUUCAUACUAGUCCUGGAAUUCUUCUAUCGUAACGGAGAUAAGUUGCAGUCAAUACUUGAAUCUGGAGAUUACAACACUGAGCCGUGCUCAGACAUGUGUGAUUGUCUGGUAUCUAAGCUCAGAGAAUGCGCAGAAAAAACUUUCCAAGAAAAGGGGGGAAGGUGCAUAUUCUUGUUGAAUAACAUAGAUUAUGUUCUGGAACUGAAGUAUCAUCCAGGACUACUGCUCCCUUCCAGAAUAGUGAGUGAUUUAAUUUCAUUGACUGACAAAUACAUCGUCAGCUACCUUGACGAAUACUGGGUUCCACUUGUGACAUAUUUGGAUGUAGAUUCUUUCAAGGGGCCAGACCGUUUGUCCUUUGAUAAAUUUAUUGAAGAGUUCUUUACUAUCUGUGAUAGCCAGAUGACUUGGAAAGUUCGAUCUAGGCUUAAGAUGAGACUGCGUCAACAGAUAAUAGAUUUGAUUGCCCCAACAUAUGUCAACUUCUUGAAGGCAUCACAGGAGAAGCCAAGAUCUUGGUUAAACAUGAGCCGUAGAGAGAAACCAAUGUAUACUGCUGCGUUUCUGGAACAGGUAAUCAGCGGAUUCUUUGAAAGAUAGCAGGGAUGGCAGGGCUCCAUACUUGUACAGGGUCGGUGCAACUAUCGUAUAUUAUAGCAUCUCUAACCGAUCACUUGUAGUUUAGAGAGCAAACGGCCGAAUAUCCUUUUAGAACAGUAUAUUUGCUCCUUUAAAAAAGUGUGGUUUGUAACCGAACCCCCAAACUUAACUCUCUACAAUUUUCUUUGGGCUGAACUCUCUACAAUUUUCUUUGGGCUCAUGCAUUUAGUAAAACAUUUGCUAAGCGCUAA